CAAGAAUGUCUUUGUAUCCAAGCUGAGGAUGUUUUCUCAUCUUUCGUCCUUCUCAGUCAUCAACUGCAUAUAAAAGGAGGGUCCACACUCAGGACUCCCAGGCAGUAGGCACCCUACAAACUCUAUUCCUGAAAGUGUUCUUCUCUCAUAUCCAAAGACUAUGGUCUCCUUGGUUGUCUUCUCCAUCCUUAUCAUUUUGGUACCUGGCCUCUGUUCUGAAGAAAAUUAUUAUGACACUCCCCAUGCCUGCUGCUUCCGCUAUUACUCUGGAAAAAUCCGAAAUGUGGUUGCUUGUUAUGAGACCAGCAGCCAAUGCCCCAAGCCAGGAGUCAUAGUCAUCACCAAGAUGGGACACCAGUUCUGUGUCCACCCAAGAAAUGCCAAAAAUUGUGGCACUUCCCUAAAACCAAAGGAAAUCCUCCAAUCCUAGGGAGGACAGCCCCUGGACAACAGACAACAUCACCCUGUGAAGAUAUCAUCCCUUAUCUAGGGAACUUAUGAUUUCUAAAAAUAAACGUGAUGGACUUCA